UGUAAAUUGUAAACAUAACCAACAAGUUUGUGUACAUCGAAUUUUCUUUAAAAAUUAAACAAAUACAAACUGAAUAUAAUUUAAAACAUAUAAUUUUUUUUCUUCUUAAGUUCUUUCUUACUUUUAAUUUAUAAAAUGGCAGGAGUAUUGCUAAGUCAGACUGAAAAAACAUAUAUACUUCAUGGGGUACAGGAAGACUUCCGCUCUGAUGGGAGAUCUAAUAUUGACUAUAGACCCAUGGAAUUGGAAACAGACGUAGUCAGUCAUGCAAGUGGCUCGGCGCGUUUACGGUUGGCAAAUACAGAUAUUCUGGUGGGUGUAAAAACUGAAAUUGAUGUCCCUAAUCCCGACAAACCCGGUCUGGGAAAAAUUGAAUUCUUCGUAGAUUGUUCCGCAAAUGCCACACCAGAAUUUGAAGGAAGAGGUGGAGAACAACUCGCAAGCACUAUAUCAAACAUGUUACAAAGAGCGUACCAGUCUUCUCAAGCAUUUAACUUAACGCAAUUGUGUAUAUUUGAAGGAAAACAAUGUUGGAAACUAUAUAUUGAUAUUUUAAUAUUAGAAUGUGGAGGUAACUUAUGUGAUGCUGUGUCCUUAGCUGUAAAAGCCGCACUAUUCAAUACAAGAAUACCUUUUGUUAAAGCAGCUCUCAUGGAUGGAGGAAAUGUAGAUUUACAACUAUCUGAUGAUCCAUUUGAUAGCAAGAAUUUGAAUGUUGGCACUGCACCAUUGCUGGUCACACUAUGCAAAAUUGGUGAUAAAUGUGUAGUAGAUCCAUCAGCUGAAGAAGAAAAGUGUAGUGUUGUGUCACUUAUUGUUGGUGUAUCUGGCAAUCCUAGAUAUUACACUACAAAUGCAUCGGACACUGAAUUAAAGUCUAAAUGUACGACGAUUGGCAUGUUAGGUGCAGGCAGUGUGGCCCCACCAACAUUGAAAGAAGCUGUCAGCCAGGGAAUCAUUGCAGCCAAAUGUUUAGAUGAAGCACUUGGAAAAGCUCUUUUACGAGAAAAGGCAGAAACAAUCAAUUACAAAAAAGAAUCAUAUGGAUUUCUCAAAUAAAUAUUUUAUUUACAAAAA